CUGGACGUCACCGGACAGCCUUCGCGAUGGGCGCCGCGGGUUCGAGCGCCGAGGACGAGCGCGAGCCGCUCCUCGCGCCGCCUCACGCGGACCCCGCCGGCCCGCCGGCCCACAGCCGAGUGUACGGGCGGAGGUGGCUGGUCCUCAGCCUCUUCUCGCUGCUGGCCUUCAUGCAGGGCAUGGUGUGGAACUUCUGGGGUCCCAUCCAGAGCUCCGCCGCCCGCGCCUUCGGCUUCACCGGCUCGGACAUCGCGCUGCUGGUGCUGUGGGGCCCGGCGGGCUUUGGCCCGUGGCUGCUGUUCAUGUGGCUGAUGGACAAGAAAGGUCUCCGGGCGUCCCUCCUCCUCUCGGCCUUCUUCAUGCUGCUGGGCUCGGCCCUGAGGAGCAUCCCUCUGACGGAGCUGCCUCUUAGGAGAUGGCUGAUCCACGGAGGUCACCUCCUGAAUGGUCUGGCGGGCCCUACCAUCAUGAGCGCCGGCCCCUUCCUCUCCACCACGUGGUUCGCCCCGGACCAGAGGGCCACCGCCACGGCCGUGGCCUCGCUCUUCUGCUACCUGGGCAGCGCCGCCUCCUUCCUGGUGGGGCCCCAGGUGGUGCCCGCUCCCAAUGGCACCGGGGUGCCGGCUGCCGCGGUGACCGCGGUUUCUGACGCGUUCAUCCGAGACCGGAUCCAGCUGGUCAUGUACGCAGAGCUGUCUGCCAUCGCCGUCCUCUUCGCGGCCGUGCUGCUGUAUUUCCCGUCCCGCCCCCCUCAGCCCCCCAGUGUGGCCGCCGCCAGCCAGCGCCUCAGCUACCGGAGCAGCAUCUGCAGACUGCUCAGCAACAUGCGGUUCCUGAUGGUGGCGCUGGCCUACGCCGUCCCCUCUGGAGUGAUGGCCGGCUGGGGGGGGGUCCUCGACAUGGUCCUCACGCCAGCCAAAGUCAGCCAGGUGGACGCCGGUUGGAUCGGUUUCUGGUCCACCGUAGGGGGGUGUGUGUUUGGAGUGGCGAUGGCCAGGUAAGAUAAUAACACAAUAAUAGCAACACAAACAUCCUGUUGAUCCCAGAUGUUGCAGAUGUUUGCGUGGUGGUGGUUGUAGAAGCGAGAGGCUUCACCUGCUUCGUGUUGAGUAGAAAGUGGUUCAUCUAAAGGUCUCUCUUAUCUCAUCGGUCUUUAAUAUUUGACCCCAUCCAGCGGGG